AUGCAGCGAAAAUUGAAGUCUGUGUUUCGGAGGUCCAGUAAAUCGAAAAGUUCUUCAGGUCAACAUGAGCCUUUGGAGAGCAACACCCACCACGUCGAAGCAAGUCCACCAUAUGGAGAUCGACACCGCGUGUCUUCAGACCGAAAUGGUCGCAUCUCAGUCGACUCAUCCGCAACUGGCUCCGUCUACACAGGCCGUAGCAGACCAGUCAGUUCGGCUUACGAUGACCGUCGCCAAAGUCAAGCGUCCGUGAGGCAUAUGGCAGCCAUUGACUUCGCGUCUUCCUCCGAUCCCAACGGCGGUGCUAUAGAGAACGAUUACAAGGCCUAUCUACCUGCCCUUUCACCGGUGAACGACGACCAUGGCGACGAAUACAUCACCCUUAGUGGGGACAGGCGACACAUCACUGGAGAGAGUGAGGCACGACACGAGGAAGAUGUUGCCGAUCGCAAUAUCGCGCGUUAUAGUACAUCGAUCGAUAGUGGAAGCCGUGCUGCGGCUGGUACUGCACACAACGGAGCAGCAGGGAUUGCAUCCGGCGCUCCUGCUUCGAACCCAACAUCCGGUCAACAACACUUGUGUAAACAGUCUGUCGGUGCUGGCUCAGGUGGAUCUACCCUGAGCUCAGUCCCAAUUGGUGGAUCUGUUGGACAGCAUUCUGUUGGUGAUAAUGUCACUACCAAUGGUGGUCUUGUUGAUGGUAUCCGUCCGCAUACUGAGACAAGCUCACACGAAAAAGGCUCGUGGAAGAGGUCGAGCCUCAUUCCCAAGACCGCCCGGGUCGAACCUGGGUGGGAGAGGAGGGAGCCACGCAUCUCGGACGGCGAUAACGACGCGUCACGAUCGGCACAGGAACCACACGAGGUCCAAGGAUCACAGUCUGGCGUACGCCAUGCUACCGUGGGUGGAACAGCGGGUGGCGAAGAAACCGCGUUGGCCAGGAAACUGCGUGAGGAAGGUGUCGUGGAUCUCAGGAAUACUGUCGACACAGAUGGAGAUAUCACAUGGGCGCCUGCCGUCACACACGAGGUGAUCAAGCCACACCAGCACGAGAUCAUUCAGCACAAGAUCUACCGCGAGAUCCAUAACUAUGAGCACUUCCAUCGUAUACAACCCGUAAUGAUGACAGAGGUUCUUCCGCCUCGUCACUGGAUCCCAAACCCGAACGGUGAGGGGCUUAUCGAGAUCUCCGCUGAUGAGUUGCCUGCCCGUACAGACAAGAAUCGUUGGUGGUCAAUUUGCGAACACUCGAGCCCUUACUCACGCCAGACAACGAUGCCCAAGUACCGUACAGAGCCUGAGAUCAUUGAAGCGGGUACAUUUAUGACUGAAGAAGGCUUCGAGCGCAAGGAGACGAUCAUCAUUCACCCACCAACGCUAGCUGACCUCACCGGAUACGGUGGGCCUGUGCAGGCCAUGCACUUCGACCACAAGACUGGCAAGAGCUGGAUGGGAGAGCUCACGACGAUGGACAAACUCCACGAACUCCAACAGGAACUUGACCGUGCGCCGGACGCACAAGUAUUCAAGAUGAACGGACUCGCAGAGAGCCUUCCGAAGGUGCCUUCGGGCUCUGCUCGUAGAGGUUCCAACUCUAUGCCACUGCGCAAACCAGUUAGCGGACACUCUUCCACGGUGCAUGGCUCGAAUGUUGGACGAAAGAUGAAUGCCGCAUAA